UAAUAUGUUGUUAGAGUUGCUACGAGAUGCAUUGCCUAAUGGCGAGACACUUCCUAAGUCGCAUUAUGAUGCCAAAAACAUGCUACAAGGUUUGGGAUUAGGAUACAUUUCGAUUCAUGCUUGUAAAUAUGAUUGUGUGCUUUAUUGGGGUGAAUUUAAAGAUAGACAAGAAUGUCCACAAUGUGGUACUUCAAGGUGGAAAAUUGAAAAGGGAAAGGGUAAAAAGAUUCCUCAUAAAGUCUUACGAUAUUUUCCCUUAAAGCCGAGACUUCAAAGAUUAUUUAUGUCAAAAAAAACAAGCACUGACAUGAGGUGGCAUAAAGAAACAUAUCUUGAUGAGACGAAUGUGUUAAGACAUCCAGUUGAUUCUGAAGCUUGGAAAGAGUUUGAUAAGAAUCAUACGUGGUUUGCACAAGAACCACGUAAUAUUAGACUUGGCCUCGCGACUGAUGGUUUCAACCCAUUUGGGAAUAUGAGCACAAACUAUAGCAUGUGGCCUGUAAUUUUAUUUCCUUAUAAUCUUCCUCCAUGGAAAUGCUUUACUGAUCCAUUUAUGAUGAUGUCACUACUUAUUCCUGGUCCUCAAGCACCUGGAAAGGAUAUUGAUGUUUACUUGCGGCCUUUGGUUGAUGAAUUGAAAGAGUUAUGGAGUGAUGGUGUAGAGACAUUUGAUGCUUCCACAGGGGAGUGCUUCAAGAUGCAUGCUGCUGUUUUAUGGACCAUAAAUGACUUUCCAGCUUAUGCUAAUUUAUCUGGAUGGAGUACUAAAGGAUACAUGGCAUGCCCUACUUGCAAUAAGGAUGCACUGUCACAAAAGGUAUGA